AAACCAGUGGUGGAAUCCUGGAGAGGAGUUUCAUGGCCUGGGUGGAUAAAACAUCCUGUACUCUACCAAGGAAAGAUCACAGAGGCAGGAAUGAACUUCUAGGUACAGUUCAAUCACCUAAAGAAAGAGCAGCAUUAGCUUCUCCAGCACCAUUGGAAUCUGAAUUCUCAUUUCUCAGUCCUCUGAAAUAUGAAGACUUGAGGGACUGCUCUCCCUCAGGUCUCCAUACGCCUCCUCUGAGUUUUUCCCUUCUUCAGAAAGAUGCAAAACCUUACUCCAAGGAUUCGACUUCUGGUCUUUCUCCAUACAGAAGUAAACAGGAUCGAGUGAAAGCCGUACAUAAUCUCUCCAAGGAACUUGCAGAAAAGAUCGAGAUGGCAACUAAAAGACUGAAUAAAGCAAGCAGGGUUAAAGACUCUGCUGACAAAACAUUGACUGACACAACUUUGGGCCUUUUCAAUGAAUCAUCCUCUGUCCCAGAGCCUGAGACAUCCAAGGAUGAGCAAGACAGGCCAAUGACUAUACAAAUGCUUCUGGACACCCCAGAUCCUGAUGACUUACAUGUGUCGUCAGAUAGGAAGUUUCAUGGACUCGGCAGGAUUAGCCUUGUGAGUAACACUGAGGGAACAACAGCCCUGGACAGAUGGAAGGAAAUACCCUGUCCUUUGUCUGGUGGGAGCGCUGUGAGCACAGAAUUACCAUGGAUCACUCAUAGCGCAGGACAGAGGCAUCUCAACGCUGGUGAAGACCCAAGCAACACAUUGCAAGGUUUUCCUGUGAAUAAGGGCUCCGAGGUAGGCAUAAGCCUAUUGCAUGAAAAGCCAAUAACCAGCCCAGCCUCUCCAUCUCACAGAUUCUUCACUAGAAGUCCGCAGAGAGAACUCACAGCUCAGAGGAAUUGCUACCAGUGUGAGACUAUUUCCAAAGUGCAGAAUCAAGAGGAAAUUGCCACCCAGUCUCCCAGAGAGAGCCUGAGGACACCAAACAGCCUCACAUUACAGCCCUCUGCUGCUCUGAGCCCUGGAGCUGAGACUCACGACAGCUUUGAGCAGGACUUUGCUUCUGCAGGUGAGGGAGAUCCUAGCUGCACAGAACUGGAAGAGAAACACAGGAGCCAUCUGGACAAUUUGAGGCAAACCUCCCUGCUCCUGGCUCACAAACUGAAGGUCCAUCAGCUCCAGCAGAAACAGCAGCUUACUGUGCUGAGGGAAAAAGCAAAGCUAGAGGUACAAGAAAGCCAGAGGCUUUUGAGUGACCUGCUUCAGCACCGUUCAGAGGAGUGCAGUAGCUCCAAAGACAGUUAUUCUUCAGCAUCAAGACUGGACCAUGCAGAGCGAACGUGGAGACGACACCAGUCGGAAGGUGCCAACACAGCUGGCAGUAAUCAAGAGAUACAUUCACUGAAACAAUCUGCAUUGAAGAUAGAAAGAGAUCACAGUCCAGUGGAUCCCAAAAUAGUGGGAGAAAGAAAACCUCUGGGAGGAAGGGGUUCAUAUUGCUCAGUGCUUCAAGAAGGAUCCCUGCUGGCAGAGCAUGGGGAGCUGCUGCACGACCAUCAAACCUUGAAUCUGUUGUCACCUCCAGUGAAUCUGCCCCACGGGGAGACCUGUGCAGGGGAUGACUCUGGAGAGAGCAGUGAACAGGCCAGCUCUGACAGCCAGUGGAGUGAAGUUGGCCGGCACUAUGGAGGCUCCAGCACCUUCUGCCAUUUCAGCUUGGCCAUGGUGGAGCAAUGUCUGAGGGGAGAAGAGCUGCGAGCUCAACACCAGGCUGCCCUCCUCAAGCUCCGCAAAAAAGCUCUCCGGGAGAAAGCCAGGGCUGAGCUGGCCUGGCUGGGCCACCAGAAACGCUGUCUGGAAAACUUUCAAGAUAGCAAGGGAGCCUCUGCCGUGGCUGCAAAGCAGCGCAAAAUCCUAAUGGAGCUGAAACAGGAGCAGGCAGAAAUCCAGCACCUGCAAAGCAUCUAUAGGGAAGCCCAUCAAGAAAGAAAGCUUUUAUUAAAGCAGCAAAGAGAAAUCUUAAUGAUGCGGCAUUCAACGGCACAACUCCAGGAAAAGCUGUGUAAUUUGGCCAGGAAGCAAGAGGUUAUUAAGUCACAGUCUGAGCAGACAACUGAAGUCAGAGCUGACAAUACAGCUAAGGAACCCAGCUUUUCUACUGAGAACAAGAAACCAUUGGUACAAUACCAGAAAGAGGCAGAGGAGUCCCCAGGUUUGGAGCAGUCCCUUGGUGUACAAGGCCCCGAGGUGCCUGGAAUGGUGGCCAAGAAAGCGUGUGGUGUUACCAGUCAAACCACAGACUCAGUCUUUAUGGUUAAAGAUUCCAUAAACACAGAGCUUAAGGCUCAGGAUCAUGUUUUAUUACCUCUGGAACAUGCAAAUUCAGCUAGAAUGGAUGAGUCUAUCUCCACACCCAUUAGAAGAGAAGGCAGAAAGUGUGCGUUUCGGGAAUCUGUGCUGGAGGAAAAGGCAUUUAUUUCAAACCCAAAGAUAGAUCCUAAAGACGAUGAAGAUAUUCAUCCACGUGCCAGCAAGUUCACAGUGAAAGGCUUGGGGAUGCUUUCUACUUUGUGUAACUUAUGCCUGGUUCGGGCAGAAAAUACUCUUCAAGGAACUGGUGAUGCUACACCAUCCUUAGAAGAUCUAGAGGAAGAGACUCUGAUAGCGGAGAAAGCACACAAGGUGCAGAGAAGUCAUAAAACUCUAAGAGAAGAGCAGGACACCUGCAGUCCACUUCAGGCAUGUGGCAAGCUUGUAAUUUAUCUUAACUGGGUUUUUCUCACAUAAAUAUU